ACGGGGAUAAAAUGAAAAAAAUGUGUUAAAAUACGUAACCUUUGCAAAGAAGAUUAAAAGAAAAAAAGUUAAUAAAAGGGGAAGUGUUCGUCUUAGCAAACUACAGAUUUUCUCACAAUAUAUCACCACCAGCUCUCGCUCACCUUGUAUGUGAUGUUUUUCGUAGUCGUAACAUAGAAGCGAGUGAACAGAAUAAUGAAUUCAGCUAAGCAUCAUCGUAUUGGAGUGUUUUUAUCUCCAUAAAUUUAUCAAAGAAAAAACGCUAAAAAAAUUUCGUUUUAUUGAACUAAAGACGUGAGAAAAGUAAAAAAAUUGCUCUAAAUUGAAUCGAACGCGCGAUAAUCGAAGAAUCUAGUCAGAUUUAUAUUAAACACAACGAGAAAAGUAAAAAAAAAAAAAAAUAUAUAUAUAUAUAUAUAAAAAUAUGCCGCAUAAUCGUGAUACGGCUUCAGCUCAAGCGGACAAGUUGAGUGGUAUUGAGGAGGAGAGUGACUUGUAUGAGGGUUUCGCACCGCAUGUGGAAACAUCGGAAAUCAAAGUAUUAGAUUUCUAUAACAUACCAAAGCAAACAGGCAAAGAACCAGCUCUGCGUACUUUUACUGAAAUCAAACAAUUAUUGGAUCAAGGUAAAAAACGUGAAGUGAAAAAUAUAUUACGCGAAAAUUCUUGGCCCAUCAAUUCACCUAUAAGAUCACAGCUAUGGCCCACUCUAUGCGCCCAACAUCAAAGUAAACCACAAAUGGUUGAUGGUUUCUACUGGGAAAUGGUCCAUCAGGUUUUUGGCACUACUGAGUUAUCUGAGAAACCAAUCAUGUUACCCGCCUUUGUUGAUGCAGCUCAUUGCCUACCGUAUCAUUUAACUCGUACCGGCCGUUCGGUGGCAGAUCGUAUUGUUAAUGUAUUGGCUUAUGAUUGCCCCGAUAUUACGUACAGUCCAGUAUUGUAUCCCAUUACAUCGAUUCUGUUGCAUUUUAUGUCGGAAGAAGAAGCCUAUCAUUGCUUGGCGGCUUUGGUGGGCAGUAAGGAGAAAGUAUUUAUAAAUCAAACCAAAUUAUUGCAUGAAGUUACCUGGAAGACAGUUAUGCAAAUAGCCAAAAAACAUCAGAAAAGCUCGGUUUCAUAUUUUCAACGUUUGUGUCCGGGUGUAAAAUUGGAGCGUGUUUUCAUGGAUUGGUGCUGGUGGAUAUUGGCGGGCUUACCAUUUCAGCAUUUGGUUCGCAUAAUGGAUUGCUAUUUUCAUGAGGGCAUUAAAGUUUUAUAUCGCAUCGCUUUGGUCAUUAUUAAUUUAUUUCAUAAAGAAUGCCAAUCGAACAAUGAAUGGAAUCCCGAUAAUAUUAAAAAUGACAUCGCCAAUGCAUUAAUUAAGUUUUGUAAAAAGAUACCAGUAUCACCGGCUAAACUAUUACAUGCCGCUUUUAGUAUUAGAGGAUUGAGUUCCACAUAUAUUUCUAGAAUAUUCAUAAAGACUGAAAUGUUAUUAAAAAGCCGUUCCGUUUUAAAUAGCGGUAACAAGCAAUUAGUUAAAUCGCGUUCCAGCGACAAUCUACCAACAAGUCAAUCGCAGGUUAAUAUACAAAUGAUGUCACACACUUUAACCAUACGAGAGAGAGUGAUGCAUACUGAGACCUGUCGGAAUAUGGGGCAAAAAUCACCAGGGCCCCGUGCUAUAGCUAUGGGCUCUUAUCCAAUACAUAAUUUGAAAAGUCAAAUUUGUUCUUGCGAAGAAUCACUCUUUACUUUAUGGUCUUGGCUACCUGUUCGUAUUACUAUGUACCAGCCAGUUUUAUUGUAUACAACCGAAGAACAUGGUUGCUCAUUGACAACUUUCUAUGUAAGGGUUGAACAACAUGAGCCAACGUUGAUGAUGAUUAAAACGUGCAAUAAUGAGGUAUUUGGAGCUUAUUGUUCUUCACGUUGGUUUGAGCGUAAUAUCAAAGACGAUAAGGGACAACGUCAAGCUUAUUUCGGUACCGGUGAGACAUUUUUAUUCUCCUUAUAUCCAGAGCGGGCUAAAUACCCUUGGGUGGGCAUAGCAGCCGAUAAAGAUUUGGGACAUUCUUCUGAGCUAUUUAUGGCGGCAGAUGCUAAAAUGAUAACCAUAGGAGGAGGUGAAGGGCAAGCAAUAUGGAUGGAUGAGAAUAUACGUUUCGGUAAAACGGAUAGCUGCAAGACUUUUAACAAUCCGCCUUUGUGUCCUUCCGGAGAUUUUGAGAUACGCGUUUUAGAAGUGUAUGGCUUUGUCGGUGCCUAAGACAAAACAACUGAAAAUCAACAGUUUUGGUUUUUAUUAAAGAAGAGAAGAGGAAGAAUAAUCCACAAAUGGAAUAAAAAUGUCGAUGUCUACCGUUGUAUUAAUUGCAAAAAAAAAAAAAUUUCCCCAAAAAGGCUUUGACUUGGAAAGUCAUAUUCAAAAUAAAAAAAAAUUAGUGGAAUGAAAAAAAAUUCGGAAAGCAGUCAUCAGGCUUUCAAUACAUUCAAGAAAGGAAAAAAUACUCUAUGCGUUUAAAAUGCGAAAAGAGCAGACAAGAAAAAAAAAAA